AUGCCUUGUUGUGGUGAUAGAGAAAAGGGCCCGGUGUCCAUGGAGGAGAAAUGGGACUACAUCAAUCUGAAUGAUUUCAAGUCGGAAUCUUGUUGGACUCCAUUCUCCUACUUCUUCAUCUACGUCUUCUUGCUCAUCUCCUUGGCCGUCUAUGCCGUCGACACCUUUACCGCUGUUAAUCUACUCGCCUUCUCUCGAUGGGCCGGCCAGAUCAAGCCGACCAUCCCCUUUACCAUUUCCCGAUGGAUCUUCGCCGUCUGCAUUAUUAUCUCGUUUGUGCUCUUGGUGCUCCGAUGGCUCCAUGCCAUUCGCGCAAUUCGAUCCGGAAGCAUCGCGCAAUGCUAUCUGGAUUCUCUUGCCGUGCGCGUCCAGAGUAUUCGUCCAGGAAAGCGUGGACGCGGUUGGCGCCGCUUCAUCGUCUUCGCUGAACUGACCAAAAGUAAAAAGGGGGCCGAGUACGUUGCUCUGUUUGCGUACUUCUCUUUUGAAUCUUGGAUGAACACGGUUUUCGCCGAUGGACCGCGCCAAGUCGUGAACGCGAUCACUCUGUACUCCGUCAUGAGGAUGGACUUGCUCCCUGGCGGUGAGCAUGCACAUAAAGCCAACGAUGACACCCCAGGAGUCGUCCAAUUCUUCGACAACGUAAAAAUUCUAGCCGAAGAGAACAAUCUCCGCGCAUUGGUCCUCUUCGGUAUGCUGUUCACGUUGGUCAUCUGGGUUUUGUCCGUUCUGAAGCUUUUGCUUGCCAUCAUUCUUUAUUUGAUCUUCUUGUUCCACCAUAUCCCGUCCGAGGACGGUUCACUGAAAGCCUACUGCCGGCGCAAGAUCAAUAACCGACUUAAGCGCAUUGUGCAUAGAAGGGUCAACAAAGCCUUAGCGAAGGGCUUGAAGUUGCAGGACCGCACCCCAACAAACCCGAACAUGGGCAUCGACCGGAAACCGACGUUACCAACCUUUGAUGAUGACAAGGGUCCUGCUGUUGCUAGCAUAUCCCGCUCGACGACGCAGACAACACUGCCGCCGUAUACUUCUCGUCCGGGGACCGCUGGCCCCGAACGGAACCCAACUCUACCGGACCUUGGUGCAUUCGAGAAGCCGCCACUGAGUCGAAGCGUUACCCAAUCAUCUGCCUUCUCAGAUGCUGCUUCGUUAUCUGGUACUACUGUGGUGUCGGGAUACAGCCCCCUCGACCGUCAACCCUCUCCCGCCCCACCUGUGCCCGCGCUUCCCAACAACCUUAUGCAGCGCACUCAGACUCCCAUGUCCCGACCGACCUACACGCCUGCCCCAUCCGUACCCACUCGCGGACCAAGUCGCAUGGGCUCUGCCAACGGAUAUCGAGAUCCAAGCGAAGCCUAUGGAUCCCGCAAUGGGUACCCGGGAAAUGACGCUCCAUACCGCACAUACACCCCCAUGACUGAUCCGACAGGCCGUUCCUACACCCCUGCAACUGCUACAUCUGAUGGACCGGCUCGGAUGUUCUCUCCCGUUCACAGCGGUACUCCUGGGCCACGACCGGAAGAGGGUUACCCCUUGCGGACAUUUACUCCUGCCAACCCGAGCAUUACUCGAUCGCAAACCAGCUUCACUCCCGUGGACGAUAGUAUGGGAAGAACAUUCUCUCCGAUCAACCGUACCGGCACGUCGCAAUCGGCACCCUCAGGAGGCGGUUACGUUGCCUUCAACUCCUCGGCCCGGGAAUCCCCCGCACCAAGCAGGCAUCCUGCGAGCUCCAACUCGCCCAGUGAAUACAGUACUGGCCUGCCUCCGGCGCGAGGUUACACCCCGCAGCCUUAUCCUCACUCACAGCACGGCUACCGUCAAGACCACUUCUAA